AUGGAUUGGAUAGUACCAUCAACAAGUGUUAAUCAACGAAUGCGUCGUAUUGAAGAAAUUUUAGAUUCAAUACCAUAUUUCUUCAAUAGUAUGCUUGAUGAUAAUAAUUUACAAAGACGUUUACUUGUUGAAUUAGGUGAUUGCUUUUUAAUAUCAUGUCCAAAAUUAAAAGAAGAAAUGAAUCCAGAAUCAAAUUGGUACUUGAUUAUAUUGGAAACAAAUGAAACUAUUUUAAAAGUUAAGGUAACAUAUCGUGAUAAAACAUUAAAAAUUCCGAAUGAUAAGAAUGCUACAUUAUAUCAAUAUAUCAAGACGCAUUCAUUAAAAACAAUUGAACGACCAUGGAUAAUUAUUCCACAACAGUUAACCAAAAAGAUGGCCAGUAUACCUCAGCAUGCAUUUCCAAUUAAUGAUGCAAUUUUUCCAUUGGGUACACUUUCACAGAAAACAUUAAACUUUGAUAGUAAACGUUGGAUUCCGGUAACUGAAUUGAACAUAACUGAUUGUAGCAUUAAUGAAUUGGAAUAUUUAAUUAGUGGAGCGGAAAAACGACGACGAUUUGGAUCAAUAAGAAUUUGGCGAUUAUGGGGUAUAUGUAAAUAUGAACCGGGAAAUGUAUCAUUAAUUCUUGAAGAUAUUAUUUAUGGUUCAGUUGCUGAUUUUGUUCGAACAAGUCCUAGGUCACAGGAUCAGCAAUGUAAAUUUGCUAUGCAAAUAGUGGAUGGUUUACGAAAUCUUGAAAAAUAUAGCUUUAUACAUUAUCGUUUAUCAAUUGAUGUCUGUUUGCUUACCUAUAACUAUAAUGUAAAAAUUGCAAUUUAUGGAUUAACCGCAGGUGAAUUAUAUCCAACAUAUAUUGAUCUUGAUGAUAUUGAUCAAUGCAGAUGGCUACCACCUGAAUGUUUACCAAAUUCAGAUGGUACCAUCACCGCUCCUUAUAAUACAUCAGGAAUGAUUUAUUCAUUCGGAAUAAUACUUUGGUCAAUGUUUCACGGUGGCGCAUUACCAUUUGAAGAUGAACCUGCGGCUAAUAUUCGAAAUCGUCGUUAUCGUAUAGAAAAUCCAUUAUAUAUUGAGCCGGAAUUAGUUCCCAAUGAAAUUCGUAAUGUAAUUUUAUCUUGUUCCAGUGAAGAUAUUGCUACUCGUGGUCGUCUAAAAAGUAUCAAAAUAUAUCUUCGAAAUUAUUCGUCACUAAAAAUAUAA